CGGCUGGAGUUCAACCAGGCCAUGGAGGACUUCAAAACCAUGUUCCCCAACAUGGACUACGACAUCAUCGAGUGCGUCUUGAGGGCCAACAACGGCGCCGUGGACGCCACCAUCGACCAGCUCCUGCAGAUGAACCUGGACAGCAGUGGCUGCGAUGACAGCUCAGACUCGGAGGACAGCAUCCCCCCUGAGAUCUUGGAGCGGACCCUGGAGCCGGACAGCUCGGAUGAGGAGCCCCCUCCUGUCUACUCCCCUCCUGCCUACGAGAGCCAGGCUUUCAGCAACUGCUACCCAUGUGCACCUCCCACCCCCCCACCCAGGACAGAUGUGCCGGGGCCUGGCAGCACCCCAGCACCUGGGCGCUACAGGAACUGGAACCCACCACUCCUGGGCAACCUCCCCGAGGACUUCCUCCGCAUCCUGCCCCAGCAGACCACUGGCACACAGGGCUCCCCCAGCUGCCAGCAGCCCAUGCCACGGGGGCUCACCCCACGGGGCCAGGGCUCCCUGGAGCAGGAGCGGCGGUGGAAGCAGUACCUGGAGGAUGAGCGGAUCGCGCUAUUCCUGCAAAACGAAGAGUUCAUGAAGGAGCUCCAGAGAAACCGAGAUUUCCUCCUCGCCCUGGAGAGAGAUCGAUUGAAAUACGAGUCAAAAAAAUCCAAGUCGACCAGCGCUGCUGUCAGCAAUGACUUUGGUUUCUCCUCCAUAAUAUCAGGUGACGUAGCCCCCUCUGUAACCAGUGAGGCCGGCAGUGCUGUAUCUGACGAUGCCUUAUUCAGAGACAAAUUGAAACACAUGGGAAAAUCAACGCGCAAGAAGCUGUUUGAACUCGCCAGAGCCUUCUCCGAGAAGACAAAGAUGAGGAAAUCGAAAAGAAAACACUUGUUGAAGCACCAGGUGAUGGGGACAGCAGCUUCCACGGCCAAUCUUCUCGAUGACGUUGAAGGACAUUCAUGCGAUGAAGACUUCCAAGCACGGAGGCAGCAGCUCCGGGAGGAGGAGGAGCCGCCGAAGGAAGGGCGGUAA